GACACCAAAAAAGUCCGAAAAUGAUGGGAAGAGGCUUUUUUCCGGCGAGACUCUGCAAAUCACGACAGCUCCAACAUCUCUUCAUCUCCCGACCCGUUUUAGCCCAUUCACUUUCCCAGAAAAACAGUCUUUUUAAUGCAAUAUGCAAGGUUUUUGAGAGGGGAGUGACAGUUAGGCCGCGCUUUAUUGUACAAAAAUAUGAUCUUGGAUUAGUAUAUUCGGCUCGGUAUUUCUGCACAACUGGCAAAGCUGGUGAAACGUCGAAUGGCGGUGGAAAUGAUGCUGUUGCAGAGAGUUCCGGCGAGUCUAAAGAAGAUAAAAUCAAGAGGAAGAAACUGAAGGGUAAAAGAGAGGUUGUAAAGUGGUUGAAGUUCUUCAGGUGGAAGAAGAAGAAAGAGUACCAACGAAUGACGGCUGAAGAAAGAAUCCUUUUCAAAUUGAGGAAGGCAAGGAAUAAAGAGGAGAGGCUUGUUGAAGCUCUUAAAAAAGUCGAGCCUAAGGAGAAAUUGGAAGCUACUCAUGACCCAGAAAUAUUGACACCAGAAGAACACUUCUACUUCCUGAAAAUGGGGGAGAAGUGCAAAAAUUAUGUACCUGUUGGAAGACGUGGGAUAUACCAGGGUGUAAUCCUUAAUAUGCAUCUGCAUUGGAAGAAGCACCAAACUCUGAAAGUAGUGGUGAAAACAUUCUCUCCUGAGGAGGUUAAGGAAAUUGCUGCAGAGCUUGCAAAAUUAAGUGGUGGAAUAGUUCUUGAUAUCCAGGAUGAUGACACCAUUAUAAUGUACAGAGGAAAGAAUUACUCUCAACCACCAACUGAGAUAAUGUCUCCAAGAAGUACUCUUUCCAGGAAAAAGGCCUUAGAUAAAUCUAAAUACAGAGAUUCCUUGAGAGCUGUUAAGAGGCACAUUCCACGGCUGGAGCAAAAUCUCGAGCUGCUUCGGUUGCAAGCUGAAAACACAACUGGUGCUCCUGACGAAAAUCAAGAGAUUGGCUUGGAGAAUAUUAGCCCUGAACAUCGUUCGGACCAGCAAAUCGAGGCAUCUGAUAAGCUCAAACGGAUAAUGGUUGAAAAUGAAGAACAGGGUGAAGAAAAUGAUUCGAUGGUAGAUACAGAUAUAGGCUCAGAUACUGAAGAUCUUUCAGAUAUAUUUGAGACUGACUCUGAGGAAGAGCACGAAGAGAAGACCGAAGAACCUCUUUAUUUGGAUGUGUUUGAAAAGUUUCCAGUGCAGAGCAAUGGAGAUGCACAGGAUUUUGAAGAGCAUUUGCGUCAAAUAUCUUCUAACUCGAGGAAAGAGAAAUCACCGGGUGAAGAUGUGGAUACACCGCGUCUCGAUGAUGUCGAUAGGAUGAUUCUGCAAGCUGCAUCGCUUUUGAAGAAAAGGAGGAGAUGAGACGUGAUUUAUUUGUUAACAGAAGUUCGAAACUCCUAAAUGAGGUUUGUUACGCGAUAGGGAUGGUGAGCCUGUUAUAGUCAGCAGUUUGCAGCAGGCGAGAAGCAGCGAUUUCAUCCAGGUUCAUCAUUGUGGUUCAGUUCUCGUCCCUGUCAAUACUACUCUUACGACUGAAGUGGAGAAAAUGAGCAGUCGCAGCUGUUAAAUGGUCUUCAACGAUAGCCUUGGUAGAGGAACACAUGAAAAACUUGUUCUGGUGAACAAAGAAGAUUACAAGAUUGGCAAUCUGGAGUUCUCACACUGACCAGUGAUGAUGACGACCAGGAACUUAAAUAGCAAAUCUCUUGCAUAAAAAAGAGGGUCACUCAUUGAUUAUCUGCAAUUUCAUUUUGGGGUUCCUGCAUAAUAGGCUUAUUGUUUUUACAAGGGCUGAUUCUUCCCUAAUCCAUAGUGGAAAUUCACAUGCUUGAGCAGCAAGCUCUUGCUGACACCAGAAAGUAGUUUGAUAUAGUUCAUUCAUAGCUUACAACUUCGUUUCAAAGUCUUGGUGC